CAAAGCUUGGUGAAGGCUGUGGCCGGCGAUUUGGACAUUAGUGGCAUUUUUAGUUCAACUUUAGCUUCUGUCAUGGCUCUCGCAGAAUUGUGUGGUUUGGAUACCCAAUUCAAGUUCAACUUGAGGAAAAAUGUCAUCCCCAUGGAAGAUGACAUCGCUCAAUAUACUGGAAAUUUGUACAAUAGCUGUCAGCUUGCCGUACCGCCCUACAUAAACCCUGCCGAGUCUUUGGGAGCAAUCCAGAAAGAUGAGCUCGGAAACGACAUUCGUAUGCAUUUUGACCAUGGAACAACUACUCUUGGCUUCCGUUACCAGGGUGGAGUUCUCCUUGCUGUAGAUUCCCGUGCCACUGGAGGCUCCUACAUUGGGUCUUCUGAGGUUAAGAAAAUCAUUGAGCUCAAUGAUUAUUUAUUGGCAACAAUGGCCGGUGGUGCUGCCGAUUGUGUGUAUUGGGACAGAGUUCUUGCUAAACAUUGCCGUUUGUAUGAGCUUCGUAACAGAGAAAGAAUCUCUAUUGCUGCUGCUAGUAAGCUAAUGUCCAACAUGGUGUACAAUUACAAAGGAAUGGGCCUAUCAAUUGGUAUGAUGAUAACUGGCUGGGACAAGAGGGGAUCAUCCCUUUAUUAUAUGGACAGCGAAGGGACACGCACUAAGGGUGAUUGCUUCUCAGUUGGGUCAGGAUCUGUCCAUGCAUUUGGUGUGCUGGAUUCUGGCUACAAGUGGGAUCUUACCAAUGAUGAAGCCUAUGAUCUUGGUCGCCGCUCUAUUUAUCAUGCUACCUUCCGUGAUGUAGCAUCUGGAGGCUUGAUCAGAGUGUACCAUGUGACUGAGAAAGGAUGGACAAGUAUUUCUAUUGAUGACAGUAGCGAUCUCCACUACAAAUAUGAAGAUGAAAGGAAGCCUAAAUCAUAAAAUGUAAUACAAUAUCUGUUUCAAGUUUA